UCCUUAUUCUGUGUUAAAGUACGACUUCACACUUAAUCAUAGUGUCAACAGUUUUUCUGGUUUUAAAUGGUGCUGCAAAUCACUGAAGAUAAUAAUGAUAAUGGAUUUAUUAUCAUAUAAAAUAAAAAAAUGUUUAGUUUAGCAAAAUAUCGCGUUCAGUUUAGUUAAUUUAGUCGGUGUUAGAUGUAAGGUCAUGUGACAGACUACAAACUUUAUAAAAUACGUUGAUAAGCCUAAGUAACUCAGAAACCAGCGAACGACUCAGUCCAAGAACUUUAACCGCACUUUAUCUUAGCCCGCACCAACCGGAAGUUCAAGUCCAGAGAGAGGAAAUAGAAAUAGCGUAAAGAGGCGGUUUAACAGCCAGAAAGCGUUUGCGCAGUUACUUUCGCUUCGAAGAGAAGAGUGGCGCUCCAGAAGUUCCUCACAAUUCACAGUUCAUAUGAAAUUUUUGCUGUCAAACUAUAUAUAAGGAAAGAUGAAUUUGGAUGAGUACUUCAGGAGGAUUGGUUUCAAUGGCUCCUACAGCAAACUGGAUCUUGCAACCCUGAAGCUGAUCCACAAGCAACACGUGAUGUCACUCCCAUUUGAAAACCUCAGCAUUCACUGUGGUGAGAGGAUCACUACGGAUCUGGAGGUCAUAUAUGAUAAGAUUGUGAGGAACAGUCGUGGGGGUUGGUGUCUGGAGAACAACUCUCUGUUCGGCUGGGUCCUGAGAGAAAUGGGCUACGACACCGUGACCCUGGGCGCUAAGGUUGUCAUAGACGCUGCCAAUGGCUGCGGCCCCAGUGACAAUCACCUCAUCAACAAGGUGGUCAUCGAUGGAAAGUCUUACAUAGCAGAUGUCAGCUUUGGAAUGUCUUCCCAAGUGUGGGAGCCUCUGGAGCUGGUCUCUGGGAAGGACCAACCUCAGGCAGCGGGCAUCUUCCGUCUUAUUGACCAGGGGGGCGUGUGGGUGCUGGAGAAGACGAGCAGAAAACCAAAGCUUGUCAACCCAGAAUUUAACAAAUUAGACCUGGUGAACCGGAAGGAAAAAAAGGAGAUCUACUGCUUCACCUUGACGCCUGUGGAGGUUGAUCACUUCUACGAGAUAUCGCACCAACUUCAGACAGACCCCAACUCACUGUUCACCAACAAGUCCAUCUGCUCUUUGCAGACGCCCACAGGUUUUCGAGGGCUCGUCGGUUGGACCUACAGCGAGGUCACGUACAAACCAGAGGAGGGGAUUGAUGUUAUAGACAUGAGGGACAUAUCAGAUGAUGAAAUAGAUCAAACUCUGAGGGAAAAGUUCAACGUAAAACUGCAGAACAAACUGCAGCCUGUGAACAAAAAAGUAUCCUACACCAUCUGAACAACGUCUUGUUCAAAGUGCUAGUAAUUGUCCUGAAUUAUUGCAACCUGAUUUUUAAAACAUUCAUUAACAAAUGUUAUCCAUAUUUUCUAUUUGUAUAUGAAGUUUUCAGUCAUGUUAUUAUGACAGAAAGGACUAAAAGUAAUGAAUGUAUUGUCAUUGUAUUAAUUGCCACAUUUAGGAAACUGGACAUUAUUUGUCCAGUUUCCUGGACAAAUAAUGAAGGAUUGUGUUUAAAUAAAGUCAUAAUGACAACAGAACAUAAUGACAACAGAACAUAAUGGGAACUUUAUAGUUUGGAAAAUAAAAAUAAAUCAGUACCCUAAAACAGACUCUCAAAUCAUU